GGAUGACGUCACAAGCGGAGAUGUCAUGGCGUCGUCGGAGCUGAGACUGGAGCUUGCCAUCUAGUUGAAGGUUGUCGUCGAUGCGUUCAGCGAAAUGGAGAAGAAUGCAAAUCCACAUCGAGACGCAGGAGGAAGUAUAUUGUGUACCGCUAUCCCAGCAGAAACUGGAGAUAUCAAAGCAGUCGGUGGUGUGAAAGAUGUCUGCGAGAAGAAAGAGACUUUGACUACUUGUGCAACUGCUAGCGGUGCUAAUGCUACACCCUGCACAGAGACAUCAGAUGCUGGUGAGACAGUCGAUUCUUACACGUCUCAAAGCAACAGUAUACAGCCGAGCGCUUUAUCAGACAAGCUGUCGACCGAUGCAGCGGAUCAGCUGAGCAAUGGGAUGCCAUAUGAACCGUCAAUGGCCGCUGCUGGGUAUAAAGAGGGUGGCACCUCAAAGUUAGUAAACAACCCAGCGGGGGAGCAGCCAGACACUUUCUCCAGCAUCACUAACGUGCACACAGAUGCUUCGGAAGAAGGUAUGCAAGAACCAUCAAAGCUGUCCGAACCAGGCCAUUUGUGUACGGACAAAACCAAAUCUGGAAGCUCAAACGAUCACACGGUUUCCGAGGGUCUUCCGAGUGGGAGUGAGCCCAGCAUCGCGGGACAGUCGCGCAGCUUUGAUUCACUCGAGUCCUUCUCUAAUCUCAACUCUUGUCCGAGUUCAGACCUUAACAGCGAAGGAUUUGAGGACAAGGGACUGUCUUUGGCUGUCCAGGGCGAAUAUGGAGCCGAGGGAAAAAUCCCUUGUCCUAAAGACAAAGGCACCGGUCAGUCGUUAUACCACAUCAAGUGGAUAAAGUGGAAAGAUGAGAACACGCCUAUCGUAACGCAGAAUGAGAAUGGACCGUGCCCGCUGCUGGCUAUUAUGAAUGUUCUCCUAUUGACAUGGAAGGUCAAGCUGCCACCAAUGAUGGAAAUAAUAACAGCCGAGCAGCUGAUGGAAUAUCUAGGAGACUAUAUCCUUGAAGCCAAGCCAAAAGAGAUCUCCGAGGCUCAGCGGUUGAACUACGAACAGAACAUGAGUGAUGCCAUGGCAGUGCUGCAUAAACUGCAGACAGGUCUGGAUGUGAACGUUAAGUUCACAGGUGUGCGAGUAUUCGAGUACACGCCUGAGUGCAUCGUCUUCGACCUGCUGGAUAUUCCGCUUUAUCACGGAUGGCUGGUUGAUCCUCAGAUGGCAGAUAUAGUGAAGGCAGUGGGACACUGCAGUUAUAACCAGUUGGUGGAGAAGAUAAUCAGCUGUAAACAGUCAGACAGCAGUGAGCUGGCCGGGGAAGGUUUUGUGGCAGAGCAGUUCCUGAACAGUACAGCGACUCAGCUGACGUAUCACGGCCUUUGUGAGCUCACCUCCACAGUACAGGAGGGAGAACUGUGCGUCUUCUUCAGGAACAAUCAUUUCAGCACCAUGACCAAAUUUAAGGCCCAGCUGUACCUGCUGGUGACAGAUCAGGGUUUUCUCACUGAAGAGAAAGUGGUUUGGGAAAGUCUACACAAUGUUGAUGGAGACAGCAACUUCUGCGAUUCAGAGUUUCAUCUGAGACCGCCCUCUGACCCGGAAACUGUGUACCGUGGUCAGCAAGACCAGAUCGAUCAGGACUACCUGAUGGCGCUGUCUCUACAGCAGGAGCAACAGUGCUCAGAUCUGGGAUGGGAACAGAUCCCAGAAGGUAUCAGUGAUCUGGAGCUGGCCAAGAAGUUGCAGGAGGAGGAGGACCGCAGAGCGUCGCAGUACUAUCAGGAACAGGAGCAGGCACAGGCAGCGGCUGCAGCAGCUGCGCAGGCACAGGGACAGCAGCCAGGUGAGGACCAGGUGGACAGACCCGCAGCAGCCGGAGCAUCAGCAGGGGGUGCCGCAGCUUCCCCAAGCCCAGGAAAACAGCCUUCAACAGGAGAACGCAAAUCCAAAAAGGAAGCAAAGGACAAAGACAAAUGCAUCUUGUUGUAACGGCAGCGGACUGCAUGGAGUGCAACACGGGCAGCAGUUAAAUUACAGUGGCUCUGCGAUUCAUCUCCCAGCGCGAGGUGAAGAGAGAACGAGUAAUCGAAAGAAAGCCUAACGGACUUGCCAUUCUCAAGCCACUUGUGCCUGACUUUAACCCUCAGUGAUCUGAAUACACACGAGAGCAGACGGGGGUGUCACUACAAAGACUAUCACUACACGUUUUGUAGAGCUGGCCAAAUGUUCUCAGCAGAAAACCACUGCAGUGCACUAUAUAUUUGUGUGGGCUCACUAGGGAGGGGGGAUAAGGUAAUGUAUACAUAGCACUAGGCAAAAAAGUCCCCAACCCGCAAAGCGAGAAAACGGCACCACUUUUUUCAUUAUACAAAGCAUUUCUUUAUUUGUGAAUAUCCGUUAUUGCUGUUGUUUAUAAGCUAUUUUAUACCAAUUUGCAUAUGUAGAUUAGGUGUAUUGGUCUGUUUCAUUUGUCUGGGAACUUUUAAAGAAACUUCAUUGAAAUGAAAAGGUAGCUAACCGGUUGCGUGACGCAUUAUGUCUCAGGACAUGGUGAUGUAGUUCUUUACCUGGCAAUAUUAUGAUGCCAAAUUUCUUAGACAUUGUGCAAACUAGAAAGUUUGUGCCGUUGAUGUGAAUAUUAGCAAAUAAUUUACACUACUUAAUAUAUUGUAUAAAUACAUGGCCAAUAAUUUACUUCACAGCCAAAAGUCCACUUUAUACUUGCCUUGUAGCUGAUAUGAUACAGAAGUUACUAUGAUACUAAAGUUACUGCCCCAAAAAUGUAUUGUUUUACUUAAGCUAUUAAGUGAUUUUUUUUUUUUUUGUCUGUCACUGUACUUCAGCUAGUGGUCAACCAUUGUGUUUUGAAAUGGAGGAGCUGAGCACGUUGGACGAUUGCUGUUAUUCAUAACACGUCAGUAGAUUUUGGAACCUGACAACAAGUGGAAGGCGCUAUUGGUCAAUACUGAUAAUCAGAAACAUUGGCUGAUUAUUUAGCAGCAUGAUUGGUCUGUUACCCCAAGCUGUCAUUUUUACGUACAUUGUACAUAUUCAUAUACUCUUUAUGGAUUUAAAGUAGAACGAGGAAAGGAUAACUUAAGGCCUUGUUUUAUAACGCGGCCGCUCGAGAGACAAGGUCUUUUCUAUUGAAACAUUCCACCUAUAUGCCUUGAACUGAGCAUAUUAUGCUGAGCCUCAGACUCAGAGAAACUCUAAUGUUGGGCUACAACUCCUGCAUGUUAAAGAGCCGAGAAACGUGACGGUGUAGGUCUUGAAUAGACGGUAUGGGAGCACUAGUACAUGCUAGCGCUAUUCCUUUGACGUUCGGUCCCUCAGUGGCCAUUACUCUCUCUGUAUAUAAAAAGCCUUACAAUAUUUCCAGUGUUUUUACAGACGAUUAAAACGAAAACAAGAAUAAGACAAUCUGUAGACUUUACCAUUGACGGAAAACCUCACACGGCCUUCAUGGAAGGAACAUAUCCACGAGUGUCUUGCAAACAGUUUGACAUGUAUCAGCUGCCUUGGUAAUGGAUAUAGAUUAAGACCAAUGUAAUAUACAGGGUUCGAUUUUAAAAUUACCGUUUCAUUCAUCAUUGAAACCCUGGAAAUCAGGCUUUUUAAAAACAUAUGGCUGUUUUUGAAGUUAUUCAAGGACUCACUGGUUGCUGUAGUACUGAAAUGCUGCUUUUUUAAGGUGAAUUAGCUGGCAUUGCCAGCGUUGAGGAAGAUACAGAGUUCUUUAUUUGUCAUGUUAUUGUCAAAAUAGCAUUCGCACUUAUCGUACACUACAACCACCACAGACGCGUUCAUAAACGUAAGCUGUCACCUCUGCUAAUGGUGUCAUAUGGUAGGAAGCACAAGCUUGUCACUACAGUUGGGAGAGUGAUGCGUCAAAAUGUUUGUACUAGGAGAUGGUUGACUGAAAUUAUACAAUAUGUAUAACUGUUCCGAAUCAAAGGUUUUUUUUUCUUAAUGUAAACAGUUUAGUUUUGAUUAAAUUAUGAUCUAUUGAAUUGGUGAAAGAGGGAGUGGAGUAAAGAGUCACUUGUUUAACUGUUUUACCUGCAGCUCAGCUUGAAGAUGGACAUUCCAAGGUGCUUCUGAUCAGUGGCAUUGGCAUGUCUGGAAUAGGAGCGGCUAAAGACAUUACGAAUGCAAACUUUUCCAGCACGCAUAGUUUUAUGUGUUUACUGUGCAUUAGCUUGUGUCAUUUGCAUUGAUCGCCAAUAACUUUCUUCUGUUUUAAUGUGCUUCAGCUUAAACCCUUUUAGGGCUUCAUAACAAUUAAUCACAACUAAUCGUUUGCAAAAUUUAUUUAUUUUAUUUUGAGAAGAAACAUUUAUAUAGUAAGUAUUCAUAUUUGUAUAUAAUAUAAAUUAUAAACUUAAAAUGUUAACUAUUUCUUAUAUAUAUGCACAGUGAGGAAAAUAAGUAUUUGAACACCCUGCUAUGUUGCAAGUUCUCCCACUUAGAAAUCAUGGAGGGGUCUGAAAUUGUCAUUGUAGGUGCAUGUCCACUGUGAGAGACGUAAUCUAAAAAAAUCCAGAAAUCACAAUGUAUGAUUGAACUAUUUAUAUGAUACAGCUGCAAAAAAAUAUUUGAACACCUGAGAAAAUCAAUGUUAAUAUUUGGUACAGUAGCCUUUGUUUGCAAUUACAGAGGUCAAAUAUUUCCUGUAGUUUUUCACCAGGUUUGCACCCACUCCUCCACACAGAUCUUCUCUAGAUCAGUCAGGUUUUUGGCCUGUCACUGAGAAACACGGAGUUUGAUUGGGUUUAGGUCUGGAGACUGGCUAGGCCACGGCAGAACCUUGAUAUGUUUCUUACAGAGCCACUCCUUGGUUAUCCUGGCUUUGGGUCAUUGUCGUGUUGGAAGACGCAGCAUCAACCCAUCUUUAAUGCUCUAACUGAGGGAAGGAGGUUGUUCACCAAAAUCUUGCAAUACAUGGCCCCGGUCAUUCACUCCUUAUUAUCGCCCUGUCCCAUGUGCAGAAAAACACCCUCAAAGCAUGAUGCUACCACCCCCUACUUCACAGUAGGGAUGUUGUUCUUGGGAUGGUACUCAUCAUUCUUCUUCCUCCAAACAUGUUUAGUGGAAUUAUGACAAAAAAGUUCUAUUUUGGUCUCAUCUGACCACAUGACUUUCUGGCAAAUUUUAGAUGGGCCUGGACAUGUGCUUGGUUUAAGCAGGGUAACCUUCCGUGCCAUGCAUGAUUUCAAACCAUGACGUCUUAGUGUAUUACCAACAGUAACCUUGGAAACAGUGGUCCCAGCUCUUUUCAGGUCAUUGACCAGCUCCUCCCGUGUAGUUCUGGGCUGAUUUCUCACCUUUCUUAGGCUCAUUGAGACCUUGCGUGAAGCCCCAGUCCGAGGGAGAUUGACAGUCAUGUUUAGCUUCUUCCAUUUUCUAAUGAUUGCUCCAACAGUGGACCUUUUUUCACCAAGCUGCUUGCCAAUUUCCCCAUAGCCCUUUCCAGCCUUGUGGAGGUGUACAAUUUAUGCAGACUUAAAGGCAGACUAACAGGUCUUUGAGGGUCAGAAUUCUAGCUGAUAGACAGGUGUUCAAUACUUAUUUGCAGCUGUAUCAUACAAAUAAAUAGUAAAACAUACAUUGUGAUUUCUGGAUUUUUGUUAGAUUAUGUCUCUCACAGUGGACAUGCACCUACGAUGACAAUUUCAGACCCCUCCAUGAUUUCUAAGUGGGAGAACUUGCUAAAUAGCAGGGAGUUAAAAUACUUAUGUUCCUCACUGUACACACACACACAAUGUAAACAAAACUUUUAUUCUACAAGCGAUUAGUUGGGAUUAUUUACUAUGCAGCCUUAAACCCUUUGCUUCUAAAAUCAAGAGAGAAUCUUGUGUGGAAGGUGAUGAGAAUAUACAUGUAGUGGAAUAAAUGAACCUUAACCACUAAAACAUCACAUUUAUAAAGUAUCCUAAAUGUUUUGAGUUGUUUUGCACUGUUACACUGAAUGCACUCAAUGGGGAAAAAUACCUCUUUUUGUACAAAAUUAGAAUCAGAGUUUGCUUCUGGUUACAGAUAAAGAGGCGAUUUAUAUGACACCCAGUAUUUACUACAUUCUGCAAUAACGCUUAUACCAGACAAACUGUAAAUUGACAAUGCUACUAUUUGCCCUGCUUUCAGAAGGAAAAUACAAUUUCUCAUUUUUUCAUAUCUUUAGGUGACGAGAGAAUUACAGCAGCAGAUGAAUCUGGGGGCUGAUACAUUUAGAUAACUCCCAAAGGCAGGGCAUUACCAACAAACUAACGGCUGAGGAGGGUAAUUAUAUUACUGAAUCUCACAAAUGAGUUCUUUUACCAUUCUAAAAUGUCACACGUGGAUGUAGUCUGGAAAGGUUUUUAUGGUACAUUUGUCUUAAACUGCUGUUUAACAGAUCAGUCUAUCGUGGAAAACAGUUGUGAUAUGCAUGUUAAACAGCAAUUCUUAGUGAUCGAAUAAAGAAGUCCCACUCCAGUUUCUAUUUUAUAUUCUUUAUACGUGCAUUUACACAGAACAUUUUAACUUAGCAAAAAAUCUUACAAAAUGCAGGAUAUUAUAAGAGUCAACCAUAUGUUUAAGGUUCAGUAAUGGCCAAAAUAUGUAUGUAGUCCAACCGUGUCAAAGACUAGAUGAACAUGUGUCUGUAACAAAUGCCUUAGACGAGGGACAAUGCGUCUGAAUAAAGGAAAUUUGGUUGUAGAAUUUGUGGGUUUGUGUUUUUUCUCAUUUACAGCUUUAUAUACAGAAGCACACUAUACGGACACAAUCAUAAUCCACAUAAUUUAAUAUCAAUAUCAUCGAAAACAA